GUUUUUUGGUGUCAGUCAUAGUGUCUUGGUUUAUUUUCCGGUUGAUGCAAAGACGAAGCAUGAGCAUCACCAAAGUAAAGCACUUAGAAUUAGAAACCGGCAUGCGAACAUUAAUGGAAGGUAAACAUCCACGACCUGCACCUAACCCGAUUAGAAAGUUUUUGUUGCUCUCCAAGCUACCUAACCUGACGGGGACGAGAACACGACAACGAGUGAAGAACAACUACAUACGGAAUUAAACUGUAUAAAAAUAAACCAAAACCUUGUCCGAGAAAAAUGUCGCCAACUUGCUCCCCCCUUCGCGGCCCUGCGACCCGUGUCUUGCAGGUUUCGCAUCAGAUUCUGGCGUCAGGUUCCUCUACUUCUUCUCGGCAGAUGAACCUGCAGCAGCGAAGACUCUUUCCUUGUUCUCUCACGACGACCACGACGUCCUCUGCCACCUCUCGCCGGUUCAGCUCCGCAAGCAGCUCUAGUACAACCGAGGCGGAGGUACUGUAUGCACCGUACGAUCCUACGAGUACGAGUAAAACAACAUCCUCGACGACUUCAUCCAAACUGCACUGCGUGACCCUGAACCGGCCGAAAAAGUUGAAUUCCCUUUCCCUCACGAUGAUUGAACUUCUCGAGGAGAUUUACGAGAACCGCAUCCCGCGCCAAGACGCCAUCGUGUGGCUGGAGGGCGCGGGCGAGAAGGCGUUUUGUGCCGGGGGCGACGUGGCGGCCCUGGCGGAAGCGUUGCGCGGGAGUAUCCUGUGUAAAAACGUUCCCACCCCAGAGUUGUCAUGCAGAUUUGCCAUGACAGGAACAUUUGUGAUGCGCAACCCCAUGACUAUGACAGGCAUUUUCAAUCGUGUUUGGGAACUUGUAAUGCUCUAAACAGGAUCAGAAGGUCGAUUUGUGAUGCGGCUUUCCUUGCUAACUUGCACUACCUUACGGACUGAAACUUGUCAUGCGUGACUCCUAAAACUCCUAGGUUUGUGUUGCAAAAUCCCCAUCCUGACUCUGGUGUGGGUAUGUUUUUACUCAGGAUAGGGAGUAAGUGCGCCGAUCGCACUCUGGGCGGGGAGUUCUUCCACAAGGAGUACAAGCUGGACUACAAGAUCGCGCAAAAGAAUCAGGAGAACGUCGUCACGGUGUCCGUUUGGGACAAGAUCGUGAUGGGUGGCGGCGUUGGGUUGGGGUUCCACAACCCCAUCCGCAUUGUGACUGAGAAAACCAUGUUUGCCAUGCCGGAAACCAAGAUCGGCUUGUUUCCGGAUGUGGGCAUGACCUGGGGCCUGUCGCGCCUUGCCAACCGCAGUCCCGUUGCGAUCGCCCGGUUUCUCGGGCUCACAGGCGCGCGACUGAACGCCGCGGACUGCGUAAAUUUUGGUGUGGGGACGCACUUCGUGAAGCAGCAGGAUCUAGAGGCGGUCAAGGCCCACUUGGGAAGUUUCACCGGGGCAGUCACCCCGACCGCCGUGCAGUCGCAUUUGGAAAAACUGGAGGAUGUCGUGGUGAAAGAGGUCUCGAAACUCGACUCUGUGGGUGUUCAGCCGACCAUCUCCGGUGCGGACUCGGAACUGAUCUCCCGGUGCUUCGGACACAGUGCGGAAUCGGUAGAGGCGGUGAUGCAACGGCUGGAGGACGAGAAAACUGAUUUUGCGGAAAAGUACCUGAAACUUCUCCGCGACAUGUCCCCCCUGUCGCUGAAGGUGAGUUUUGCGGCGAUGGAGCGACACCGGAGCGACGCGGAAACGCUCCGCAGCGCGCUGCGAACGGAGUACAAGAUGGCCAUGCACUGCCUCCGGCCUCAACCGGAGGCGGACUUUGCGGAGGGGGUGUCGGCACUGCUGCUAGAAAAGCGGGCGGCGAAGUGGUCGCACGAAAAAGUCCAGGACGUCCCGAAGGCCUUGGUAGACAGCUACUUCGCGACAAUCGAGGGGGUCAAGGAACUCGGGCCCUGGGGGAAAGAGUUGGACAUUUGAUACAAGUAUUAAUGGAUUCCGAUGUUCUUGUCAUGAUCUGUCGUUGUUGCGACACUGACCUACUCUACUGGCGAAAUUAUUUGUUUUUGGACUUAGAAAAAAGAAAGUUACCCGCGCACAAUCCCUAUAGUGUAAAAAAUGUAGUAAAUCUAAAUCGUUGAGCCGGAAUAUCUUUAACUUUAC